AGAUUUGCCAGUAUAAGGAUUCCAGGAAGUAAAAAGGAAAGACCUCCUCUGCCACAUAUGAAGCACUCACAUUCUACAGACUGGUCAUCCACACCUAUGGACGCGGAGGAUUUUGCUCCAAAACCUUUGUCGGAAAGAGAAAUCAUAGCGCUAUUUGAAAAAAUGAUGGAAGAUAUGAAUUUAAAUGAAGACAAGAAGAUGCCAUUAAGAGAAAAGGAUUUCAAUACCAAAAAAGAAAUGGUGAUGCAAUAUAUCAGCACUGCUUCAAAGUCUGGAAGUCUAAAGAACAGUCGGAAGAUUUCACCUCAAGAGUUUAUUCAGGAAUUAAAAUCUGGGUCAACAGAUGAAAGGCUAGUCACUUGCUUAGAAUCUCUCCGUGUGUCCUUGACUAGUAAUCCUGUCAGCUGGGUUGAAAACUUUGGCCGAGAAGGUCUAGGGCUGCUGUUGGAUAUUUUGGAAAGACUGGUUGAAACAAAAAAUCAGGACAAAGUUGUGAAGAGGAGUCAGCAUAAGGUUAUACAGUGUUUGAGAGCCUUCAUGAAUAAUAAGUAUGGAUUGGAAAGAAUUUUGGGAGAAGAGAGAAGCCUUUUGUUGCUCAUCAAAGCAAUUGAUCCCAAGCAAACCAACAUGAUGACAGAUAUAGUUAAACUCCUUUCUGCAAUGUGCAUUAUUGGAGAGGAAAACAUCCUUGAAAAAAUUUUGGAAGCUAUAACAGCAGCAGCAGAGGAAAAGAACAUUGAUAGAUUCUCUCCUAUUGUAGAAGGUCUUCAGGAUAACUCAGUUCAGCUGCAAGUAGCUUGCAUGCAACUCAUCAAUGCUCUUGUUACAUCUCCUGAUGACUUGGAUUUUAGGCUUCACAUCAGAAAUGAAUUUAUGCGCAGUGGAUUGAAAGAGAUAUUGCCACAAUUGACAUGUAUAAAGAAUGAAGCACUAGAUAUUCAGCUGAAAGUGUUCAAUGAGCAUAAGGAGGAAGAUAUGAUUGAAUUCUCUCAUCGUUUAGAAGAUAUUAGAUCUGAAUUAGAUGAAGUAAAUGAUGUUUACAACAUGGUGUGGAAUACAGUUAAGGACACUAGUGCUGAAGGAUAUUUUCUUUCUAUUCUCCAACACCUUUUGCUGAUAAGAAAUGAUUAUUUUAUACGUCCACAGUAUUUCAAAUUAAUUGAAGAGUGUGUGUCCCAGAUAGUGUUACAUCGAAGUGGAACAGACCCAGAUUUCACGUAUCGCAAAAGAUUAGAUAUAAAUAUCAGCCACUUAAUAGAUAUCUGUGUAGAUAAAGCAAGAUUAGAAGAGUGUGAAGAGAGGGCUUCUGAACUUUCCAGAAAAUUUGAAAAAGAUUUUGUAGUUCAUCAAGAGACCCAGGCCCUACUUCAAAAAAAAGAAGAAAGAAUUAAUGAACUUGAAGCAGAAUUACAAGCUUUUAAAUCACAGUAUGGUUCCAUGCCAUCAACACACGGAGGUGCAUCUGUUGUUCCACUGGAAGCUACGGGACCCCAUCAACUUCCACCUCCCCCUCCUCCACCCCUGCCUUCUAAAGGAGCAAUUCCACCACCACCACCUCCCCCUCCUCCUCCGCCGCUUUUGAAUGGCUUGGGAAUUCCUCUGGCUUUUGGUGGUGCUCCUCCACCACCGCCUCUACCAGGCCUGCCUGGAGCUCCAUCUUCAUGUACUUUGCCAUUUGGAAUGAAGCCUAAAAAAGAAUUCAGACCUGAGGUUACAAUGAAAAGACUCAACUGGUCCAAGAUCAGGCCUCAGGAAAUGACAGAAUCCUGUUUUUGGGUUAAAGCAGAAGAGGACAAGUAUGAGAAUGCUGACAUGCUUUGCAAAUUGGAACUUACGUUUUGUUGUCAAAAAAGGG